CUUGAUGAGUAGAGCCUAGUUAGCCCUGCGUGGCUCCAGUCGUGGGGAAUUCAAUGGUGUAAAAGAGAGGAGCGGGACGUUCACUAUCAGCUGACCGGUAGCCAGCAUGGGUCGGCGCUCCUCUGACAGCGAGGAUGACAGUCGGAGCCGGAGGAAAAGAAAACAGCGUCGCCGUUCUUCGUCCUCCUCGUCUUCCUCCUCCUCCGGGAGCCGGGUGAGGAGUAGCCGCAGCAGGAGAUCCACUCGUAGGAGCCGUUCUCGCUCCAAAGACAGAAGGAGAAGACGGCGUUCCAGCAGCAGUUCCUCCCAGAGUUCGUCUCGCAGGAGAAGGAGCCGAAGUGCGGACAGAGACAAAGGAAGAAGCCACCGCUCACAUAGAUCCCGCAGCCGGGACAGAAGGUCUCAUUCUCACCACAGACGGUCCCGCAGCAGGAGCAACAGCCGCGGCCACCGAACAAGCCACAGCCGCAAAAGAAGCCGCAGCAACAGCCGGGAGCGGGACAGGAGUCGGCGCAAGGGUCGCGACCGGGACCGGGAGAAAGAUAGGGAGCGAGACCGAGGAAGAGACCGAGACAAGGACAAGAGUAAAGACAAGAAAGGGGAUUCUGGGAGUAUCAAAGACAAAUUAGAGCAUCUGACUCCAGCAGAGCAGGCGAAGGUUCGAAUGCAUUUGGUCCUACAGGCAGCAGCUAAGACAGAUGAAGUUCUGAAGGCCAAAGUAGCCAAAAGAGAAGAGGAGGCCCGAAAGAAGCUUGAAGAAGAGGGAACCUCUCUGGAGGAGCAAGUGCGAAGGAUAAAGGACAUCGAGGCCAUCGAGAGUGAUUCCUUUGUUCCUCAGGCUUUCAAAUCUUCCCGGGAUGACACAAAGGUUGUUGCAGCUCAGAAGAAGCAGGAAUCAGAGAGCGCUCCCUCUCAGGACUACUCCCUCCCGAUGUCUAUAGUCUAUGAUGACAGCGGCACUCUCGCUCAUCCCAGUUUGUUCAUGGAUAAAGAGAGGGCUGAAGAUCUCUGGCUGAGCAGGUUGAUCUCACUGCGACAAGAACGACUGAUGGGAAGUCCUGUAGCCUGAAGGCCAACAGCGUCCAAUAAGAGCUUUUUGUUCCCAGCGCAGUUUUCAGUUCAGCUCUUCACUUCUUUUGGGACAUCACAACAAUGCCUAUCUCCACUUUUGUGAAGCUUUUUGAGGGAAUUUGUUUUUGGUCCAUUUCGUUUUUUGUUUUGCUUUCUUCUGAUGUUGAUGAUUUUGAUUUGGUGAAUUCUGUUAUUGUUAAAUGUUUUUUUUUUUUUUAACAUAGAUGUGAACUUUGACACAUUAUGUUUUAUCUUUCAAUAAAAAGUUAGUUGUGACUGAUGUGGGUACAUUGUAAUAAAAUUUACUGAUGACUCUUUCCUUAACAAAACACUGUGGCUCUUGUUGAGUUUCUAAAGUUAAAUAAGUAUAUUUACUGCUCCAGACACAAGUUUGCAUAUUCUAAUCAUCUGCAUUGCCAGAAUUGUACAUGACUUUAAUGAUUUGUUUGGAUUGUUGUUCAGGGAGGAGAGAUAAUGCAACUUUUUUUAAAAAAAUUAACAUUUGAAUUUGUUGUGGAUUUUCUCUAAUUCUAUAAUAAUUGGGAUGAAAAUUUCAUUUUUAGCAGAAUUUGUUGAGAUAUGUACAUUGUUUGGUGGAAAUAAAUCCAGUAUUACAAUUA